AGAUAACGGGCCUGUCCAGAGAUAAGAAUGUUUUUGGCUGAUAUCUAGAACAUUGUAAUUUAAUUUAAACUAUCUGGACAUAUACUGAAUACAUAUUUCUGGCAAGUUGUUCUACAGAAAAGUUCAUCAUGAAAAUAUUUCUUCAGUUGCUGCCCUUAUGGUCGGUGACCCUCGGAUUCAUCAUGGAUACGGACCCUUGUCCUGCGCCUUCACCAUGCCGAUGCUAUAGUUCUAGAAUUGACUGUGCGUACAAACGUUUGCUCACUUUUCCUACAUUCACGUUCUCAAGGAAACACUACAGAGAGCUUACAUUCAAUCUACAAAACAACAUCAUUGACAGCAUACCCGACAACGCAUUUGGCAACGUCAUGGCUGCAACGCCCGAAACCCUCGAACUUCAUUUGAAUAAAAACAGAAUAAGAAAUAUAUCUGGAAGAGCCUUCGCAAAUUUAGGUGACAGUGAAGUGUCUGUUGAACUGUCAGAUAAUCGGUUAACUGUACUUCCGCAGGCUCUAUCGUUGGUGAAAAAAUUAAAAACUCUACGGUUGCUAGGUAACGCAUUUGUAUUUCUUGACGACACUGUAAUGGCUGCUCUUGGAAGAAUGGUGGAAACGUUUUGGCUUGACAUGUCUUCAGUAGCAAUAUGGCCACAAUCGUUCUCAAACUUUCGAAAACUGUUUACGCUUUGGAUCGACAACCUACCCUUUCAUUCUCUUCCUGCCAACAGUUUUGAGGAUCUUGUUAAACUAACACAACUAGAGAUAUCAAACUCGAAACUUCAGUCUGUGCCAGAAGCAAUUUGUCGCAUACCACAGUUACAACAAUUUAGAUUUCAUCAUAAUAUAUACAUGCUGAAUAGCCUACAACAUGUGCUCACCAUUUGCAAGAAGCCAUUAUUAAAUGCUUCGUUGGCCUAUUUCAACAACAACAAUAUGUUCUCUUUUCCGGACAAUGUUUUCGUUGUGUUUCCAAAAUUACGCUCGCUGAAUCUAAGUUUCAAUUACUUGAACAAAAUAAAUUCGUCAGCUAUACCAGGCAAUUGUACGCUCUAUUACCUUUAUCUUUCAAACAACGAAUUUACGAGCAUACCACAAGCAGUGUCAAAAAUGCCAGAACUCAUUACACUUGUUGUCAGUUAUAAUAAAAUAACGUCUGUCGAUGGUCGUACACUCUCAUCGUUGAAGAACUUUCGUCAGCUGACCAUCAGCCAUAAUCCACUCAUCUACAUAGACCCCCAUGCCUUCAGUACAAGUUUUACAUUGCAGCACCUCUAUGUGGAGCACACAAAUAUGACGUCAGUUCCGGCAGCCAUAUUGCACUCUAAUGAAAGGUCUUCAAUUGAUCUUACAGGAUCUCCGGUACAAUGCACCUGCAACAAUAUGGCGUUUCUGCAUUCCAUGUCAAAAAGUGAUGUAGAAUCAGGCAAGAAAUUCUUUCGAGGCGACUGCGUAAACGCAAAUACAACAAUCAAGUCUUACAUCUUGAAUGUUCUACCAACAUGUCUGUGAACUCGUGUCAUGUUAUCUGCGAUAUGCAAUAAAGUAAAAGAUUUAAAUCUGA